CAUGUGGUCGAUAUAGAUUCAGAACUGAUCGAAUCAUCUUUUUGUUCAACUGUUGUUCUGCUGAAAGAGUAUGAAUGUGGUUUGUACGAAACUCAUAUCAAAACAGAAUCAUAUAUAAAUGUCUUCCUUACGUCAGGGAGUGUAACAAAACCUGGAAUGAACAAAUUAAUUGGUGAUACAUAAUAAGUUAUAAACAGUAAAAUGGAGACUGCAUUUAUCAUGAAAAGAUACGUUGGGAGAACAGCGAGGAAGAACUGGAGAGAAAUCUUGUGUGACAUGGAGGCGGUGUCAUCUGGAAUUAAGCCAAGUUUCCUGUAUGACUACUCCUGUAUUGAACCCACAGAGUUGUCUAAGAUGGUGGAUGACCUAAUUGUAUCAGGGCUCCUUGUGAAGGAGAAUUUACAGGUGUUAAGUCUAGGACAGGAUUCUUUCCUCGCCAAUAAACCUCUUCUGCAGGAAACGCUUGGGGAGUUUCUCGGGGCUCUUGAAGGAGGCAACCACAUGCUGGUUGAUGUGUCAGCAAAGCUUGAACAGCCCCAACUACUUGAUGAUGAGGGUGUCGAACGAAUCAAGGACCAUGUUAGAGAUGUCAUGAUGCAGCUGCAAGAUUUGAGCAGGACACCAGUGACUGUUCUGGAGUUGAAUCCUAAACCGGGCUGGAACUUCUCAACGUUGUUUGGUGUGUUACUUGGAUAUCCAGUGGUGUAUUGGUUUCAUGACGUCCAACGUUGCUCCAAUUGCCUGUCCAUGGUACCGCUCAGUGUUUACCGAGUGUCUGCCAACCAUGAUGAUCUGCAGCAUUCAGCGAAUCCCCCCUACCCAAUAGAUACCACUUCACACACUCCUCAGCUAAGCGAAGUUGUCAAUGAACAUCCCAUUUACAGCUUCAGCGUUCCGGAAGCACUCUUGCCACACUUCCAAGAUCACAUUGAUGAUUGGUUCAAACGAGUUCAAGCAAAGGCGCACAAAGAGCUCAGGCUGACUUGUAAAUCAGUGACAUUACCAAGCAUCACACUGUAAUGUUUUACUUGUAAUAGACCUCAAACACAAUGACGUCAAGUUGUGUUUAUAUGUGCGCUUUAAUAGGGGUUCACUAGAUAGCAUCCCACCUCCCUUCCCUAGGAAACACACCUGUUCACAAAGCAUGAAGUCAUUAGAGUCGCUGUGUUAAGUGUAUUGGAGUAAGCCACUAAAAAUCUCUGCAUAGAAGUGUUACUGUACAUAUAGCUCUUUUAGCCUGAUUCCUAGAACAUCUAUAAUCCCUGUCAAAUGUUGACUGUUCUGCCCAAACUCUUGACAAGUUUUGCAUGGCUAAGAGACCAGUGCUGUAGUCAGUGUGGGUGUUAAAUGUUUGAACAAUAAGAAACAUCUGAAAUUAACUUUUCUUUUAGUUAUCCGCCCCAAGUAGACGCGCAUCCCGAAGUGGCAAAAGAUGGUUGUGAGUUUUCGAAGUGGGUUCUUGCAUGCAUUCUGUUUGUACGCAAAGACCAUACAUUAAGGAAUAAAUUUGUGAAGCAUACUUCGCAUGCUCCACGUCAAACGCGCCAUUGAUUGAUUAUAAAUGCGCACUUAUGUGAGUACCCAAAACAUGUCCUCUUUUGUCACGCUC